AUGGCCUCCUCCUCCUCCCCGUCGCUCCAGUUUGCCUCCCAGGCCUCCCCGGGCGACCCUGUCUCCGUCCUCAUCCUCGUGGAGGACUCCCAGGCCAUGGCCGCAAACUGGCCCGACGUCCGCACAUAUUAUCUCCCCAAAUUACUCGACUCCCUUCGCACGGCAGAUCUCUCCGUCCCCAUGCGUCUCUGGUGGCUCACCAGCUCCCCCUCCUUCUCCCCGUUCACCACCCCCAUCACCCACCCCGCACAGUGCAACGAGCUCCCCGACCUCGGCCUCGGCCUCGCCGCAGAGACGUCCAUAUCCACCUCCACCAUCCGCCGUAGCAUGAACAUAUACGCCAGCUCAAAUAAGCCCCGCCGUGGCAGCCACCACCUCGUCAUCGUCGCUGCCUCGCCCCUCCUCGGCGGCGGCGAGGGCCCCAGCCCCAUGCAGAGCGGCAUCGACCCCUGGCUAGGCAUGGCCUUGGCGCUUUGUCAGGUAUCGCGUAGUACCUUGCCUCCGUGGCCACGGCCUUAG